AUGGCGGAACAGACUGAGAAGGCGUUUCUGAAGCAGCCCAAGGUCUUCCUUUGCUCGAAGAAGACGGGGAAGGGAAAGAGGCCAGGAAAGGGAGGAAACCGAUACUGGAAGAGCGUCGGGCUCGGGUUCAAGACUCCACGUGAGGCUAUUGAAGGUACCUAUAUCGACAAGAAAUGUCCGUUUACUGGUGAUGUUUCCAUCAGGGGCCGUAUUAUUGCUGGGACGUGCCACAGUGCCAAGAUGAUGAGAACAAUCAUUGUUCGUCGCAACUACCUGCAUUGGGUCAAGAAGUACCAGAGAUAUGAAAAGAGGCAUUCAAACAUUCCAGCACACAUAUCUCCAUGCUUCCGUGUGAGAGAAGGAGAUUAUGUCAUAAUUGGCCAGUGCAGGCCAUUGUCAAAAACUGUGAGGUUCAAUGUUUUGAAGGUGAUCCCAGCUGGUUCUUCUGGUCUUGGGAAGAAGGCAUUUACAGGAAUGUGA